AUGUCGAACCGAAAACAUCGGGACAACCAAGAGAUAUGCGCCCGCAAGGUCCGGGAGUUGGCCCAGGCUGGAGUAAACAAACACUGCUUCGAGUGCAGUCAACCCGGGGUGACUUACAUUGAUAUCACCGUGGGCUGCUUCGUAUGCACGUCGUGCUCUGGAAUGCUGUAAGUAUGGAUAGCUUUUUCUAUAACAUGCAUAUUGCGCAUAGGCUAUUAGGCUACAUAUGCCUACAAUUAUAAUAAAACUACAAAACUAAGCCCAUUUCAUGCCAACCUGGACUCAGGGGUAGACGUAACAUAGUAAAUGUAAAUCCGGGACUCUCCAAUUAGUAUGGAAUGUAUUCAUUUGUGGAUAUCCAUUAUCCAUUUCGUAUGAUAGGUUACGAAUUGCAAUUCAUACAAUAUGUUACGAAUUGCAAUUCGUACAAUAUGUUACCAAAUUGCAAAACAAAUGAUAUGGCUAGAUGGCUAACGCUAAUGUUAACUAGGCUGCUAACGUUAGCUAGGCUAGGGUUUAGGGCAGGUUUUCCCAAACUCGGUGCAUGUUUUGGUUUUUUCCCUAGCACUACACAGAUGAUUCAAAUAAUCAACUAAUCAUCAAGCUGUGUAGUGUUAGGGCAAAAAUCAAAACAUGCACCCCUUGGGGUCCCGAGGACCGAGUUUGGGAAAUGCUGGAUUAGGAGUUAAGGUUAGGGUUAGGAGUUUAAGGUUAGGGUUAGGAGUUAAGGUUAGGGUUAGGAGUUAAGGUUAGGGUUAGGAGUUAAGGUUAGGGUUAGGAGUUAAGUUAAAGGGUUAGGAGUUAGGGAUAGGGAUAGUGGAAGGGUUAGCUAACAUGUUAAGUAGUUACAAAUUAGCUAAAAAGUAGUAAGUAGUUGCAAAGCUGCUAAUUAGAUAAAAUGCUAAAGUUGGCCGUGAUGAGAUUUCAACACGCAACCUUUGGGUUGCUAGAAGUUCCCUGUAUACGCCCACCCAUCCACCACUCGACCAAUCACCCUACUUAAUUUUUUUCCUUAAGUAACCUUCUGUCUUAUGUAACCAUACCAAACGUAACAUAAUUUGAGUGUCACCGGGGGCGCACUGCCUGCCCUCCAGGACAUCUACAGCACCCGGUGUCACAGGAAGGCCAAGAAGAUCAUCAAGGACCUCAGCCAUCCGAGCCACGGCCUGUUCACUCCGCUACCAUUUAGAAUGCGGAGAUAGUACAGGUGCAUCAAAUCUGGGACUGAGACUGAAAAACAGCUUCUAUCUCCAGGCCAUCAGACUAUUAAACAGUCACCACUUGCCGGCCCAGUACCCUGCCCUGAACUUUAGUCACUGUUACUAGCCGGCUCAACCCUGCACCUUAGAGACUGUUGCCCUAUGUACAUAGUAAUUUACCACUGGUCACUUUAAUAAUGUUUACACACUGUUUUAUCCGGACAUUGCUCAUUCUAAUAUUUAUAUAUCUCUUAAUAUCUUUCUUUAGAUUUUUUGGAUUUGGUUGUAUUGUUUUAUAUUGUCAGGUAUUACUGCACUGUUGGAGCUAGGAACAUAAGCAUUUCGCUACACCCGCGAUAACAUCUGCUAAAUAUGUGUAUGCGACCAAUUAAAUUUGAUUUGAUUACUAUGUUACGUCAAGUCUAUGAGACCAGGCUGUGCAUGCAGAUAAUGAUUAACCAGUAUGUUGCAUCUGCAGAUUAUAUUUUAGGAUGCUGCUGUUACAUUUGAGUAUUGACAAGAAACUGAAACUGUGACGCGCCCUGUAUUAAUCUAUGUGGUGUCUCUUCCUCCCCUUGGUGUCCUAUGCUACAGUUAAUCAGACUACUUUAUCAUUUUCAGGCAUGCCCGUAGUCGUGCUCGUGUUACGUUUCAUUUCGGCAUUGCACCAGGUUUGGCAUUCUCUUCAGGCUCAUGUAUUGUAUUCUGCAUGCAGACCAUAGCUCAGGUCCCCAACAGAUUAUAGGCUGUGGCUGUGGGACAUUUCGCAAGGUUUCACUAAUUCGCAGUGGUGAGAUUUCAGCAUAGGUUUAGAGUCUUGCACAUGCUGUCUCACUCCAAAGAACAGCCUGUCAUGAUUACAGAAGAAUAGCCUAAAGAUACCAUUUGCACAGUGAAUGAACACAAUAUUAUGUCCUGUUGUGUAAGCCUUCUCUACACUGGAUACAUUUGCACUAUGACCAUUUUCACUGUAACAAUCUAUUUUAACUUUUUCUCACAGUCACCUGUCAUUACAUCCAUUUUUUGAACAAUUUAAAUACCCUCUACUGCCCUUUCCUCUUUUAAAUGCAGUAUCACAAGUGUUCAUCUUUAGUGAUUUAUGUUGUUAUGAAUGUGGAGUGCCCCCUUUCACAUAUCUUACAUAUCUCUUUUAUCGGUUUCUCUUUUUCCAAUCUCUCUCUUCUCUCAGGAGAGGACUCAACCCUCCCCACAGAGUCAAGUCUAUCUCCAUGACAACCUUCUCCCAACAGGAAGUGGAGUUUCUGCAAAACCAUGGCAAUGAGGUGAGUGACAGGCAGGCUGCCUCCAUUAUCGACAGAGUCAGGUGGGCUUGUGGGCGGGACUUAACAGUAUUACACCUAUAUUUCACCCACCUCAUUUCAAUUCUGGGCAUAAUGCUCAAUGCUCAGCUGGAUACUUCAAUAUUUCAACAGCAGGAAAAGGUGAACAAAACACAAUUGUGACGCAUACUUGGACUCAGUAUUAAAUAUAUACAUGUUUCAUGUCCCAGGAUGAAUAGAGCAAGAAUAGAUUAUAUAGGUAUUAUAAAUAGAUAUCAUAAAUGAUAAAUGUACAUUAUUGAGCCGAGGCCACCAGGAGAGGGAUUGAGGCCACAUGAGAUAGAUUCAUCCAUCUCUGUCUAAGGAAUCGUUUUUUUUAUGUGAACUAGACUAUAUAAGGUCCAGAUAAAAUCUCAUCCAUCUUUAUGAGAUAGAAGAGGAUGCUUUAUGCUUCCCUGUCUUUUACCAGUCAGACCAAUAGAGUGUAGCACUGUUUGGUGGUUACAGGCUGUUUCUGGAGGAAUGUAGGUGCUCUGCCCAUUUUGUGCAGUGAAUCAGAUCGAACAUCGCAGUUACUGUACACCCAAACCACCUCAUCACUGUGUGUGUGUGUGUGUGUGUGUGAGAGAGAGAAUGUGUGUGUGUGUGUGAGCUGAGAGAGUGUCUGCAGUGAAAGGGAUCAAACUUUACAGUUGCACACAAUGAUACCAUUUAGUUAGAAACUAGUCUGUGCGUGCGUGCGUGCAUGAGUGUCUGAUUCAUUGCACUGAUGCAGAUAUCAGGUAGAAAAGUCUGGGUAGUCAGAUUUGGUUAGAUCAAUGUUUUGAUGUUGGUGAUUCAUAAUUAGUCAGUGAGCUACAGUAGUGUCGAUCAGAGCAAGUGACUCUAGCAUGUUAACUAAUGUGUCAGUAGGCAGAGGUGUCUACUGUUCAGUUUCUACAUCAUUAUUUUGGUGUGUGUGUGUGUGUGUGUGUGUGUGUACAUGUUUAACUAUACUUGUGGGGACCAGCAGUCCACACAAGAAUAGUAAACUAACACAAUUUGGCCAAUCGGGAACAUUUUGUUGGUCCCCACAAGGUCAAACGCUAAUGCUAGGGGGUUUAGGGUUAAGGUUAGAAUUAGGUUUAGGGUUAGGGUUAGGAGCUAGGAUUAGGUUUAGGGUUAAGGUUAGGUUUUCGGGUUAAGCUUAGGGUUGGGUUUAGGGUUAGGGGUUAGGGAGAAUAGGAUUUUGAAUGGGACUGAAUUGUGUGUCCCAGCAAGGUUAGUUGUACAAGACUGUGUGUGUGUGUGUGCGUCCACGUGUGUGUGUAUGUGGUGUCUAUUGUUGAUGUUCUGCAUCAUUAUUUGUGUGUUUGUGUGUGCACCCGUACGUGCGUCUGCGGCUCUGCACAUGUGUGUACGUGUGUGUGUAUGUGUGUAGGUGGGGAGGAGGACUUGGCUGUGUGUCUUUGAGCCAAAGACAGAUGGAUGCUUCGAUACAAGGGACUCCCAGAAACUCAAGGAGUUCCUCCAGGACAAAUACGAGAAGAAGAAAUGGUGAGGAAAUCAAUAAAGAUAUCAUCAUAUCUCCAUAAAGAUAUCUACAGUGCUGCUUGAAAGUAUGUGAACCCUACGUCGCUGUGGAGGAAUUUUGGCCCACUCUUCCAUGCAGAACUGCUUUAACUCAGUGACAUGUGGGUUUUCAAGCAUGAACUGCUCGUUUCAAGUCCUGCCACAACAUCUCAAUUGGGAUUAGGUCUGGACUUUGACUAGGCCAUUCCAAAACUUCCAAUUUGUUGCUUUUUAGCUAUUUUCAUGUAGACUUGAUUGUGUGUUUUGGAUCAUUGUCUUGCUGCAUGACCUAGCUGCAAUUUGAAACGAACGGUUCAUGCUUGAAAACCCACACGUCACUGAGUUAAAACAGUUCUGCAUGGAAGAGUGGGCCAAAAUUCCUCCACAGCGACGUGAGAGACUGAUCAACAACUACAGGAAGCAUUCGGUUGGAGUCAUUGCAGCUAAAGGUGGCACAACCAGUUAUUGAGUGUAAGUGGGCAAUUACUUUUUCACACAGGGGAAUUGGGUGUUGCAUAACUUUGUUUAUGAAAUAAAUGAAAUAAAUAUGUAAUUGUUGUGUUAUUUGUUCACUUAUGUUCCCUUUAUCUAAUAUUAGGUUUUGGUUGAAGAUCUGAUAACAUUCAGUAUCACAAAUAUGCAAAAGUAGAGAAAAUUAGAAAGGGGGCAAAUGCUUUUUCAUAGCACUGUACUUCGAACUCAUCCGAACACAUCCGAUCAAAGUUGUACACAUUGAGUUGAAUAUGUUGAAUGUCCACUCAAAUUAUUUUGUAGCACAAUGCAUUUACUUACAGUGGGAAAAUUAUUUUUUCGUUCUUAGUUUAGUUUAGUCUCAUUGAGAUAAAAUCUCUUCUUCAAAUGUACUCACAGCAACAUUGAACUAUUCUUCAGGCAUUUUUCGAAGAACAAGUGCCGGAGGGAGGUGGAGGGACCCUGGAGCCCGCCGGGGGUGCAGGCUUUACCCUCCUCUCACGGCCCCCCGCCCGCCCAGGCCCCAUCCCACACCAUGCUCCCCUCGGCCAGACGCACACUGGUGAGAUACAUAACUCCUCCAAUAGAUGAGAGAGGCAGAGGUGUAUUUCAUGUAUAUAAAGCUUUAUUAAAUUACAUUGAAAGGGAAAGUGAAGAGGGAGGGAGGGAGGGAGGGAGGGAGGGAGGGAGGGAGGGAGGGAGGGAGGGAGAGAGAGAGCAAGUGGAGAGAGAGUGAGAGAGAGAGAAAGAGGAGAGAGAGAGAGAAAAAGAAGUGGAGAGAGAGGUGUUACUGUGGAGAAGCGUAAUAGAGUUAGAGUUAGCACCAGAAUACUGAAUACUGUACCAGAAUACUGAAUACUGUACCAAUAGAGAUCCAAUGACACAGAGAGACAGAGGCGGAUGACCAAAUAAAUAACCCACUCCAGGUCAUCUUCACAUCAAAAAUAAAGGGGUGAAUAAUAGAUGAAGGGUUAAAUGAGGAUAACGUAACACAGAGGAAAAAUACACCCACCCACUGUGUGGUCCCACCCCCCCGUCUCCCCUCUCCUCCAGUCCCAGUCCCAGCUCUCGUCAAGAGUCCCCGCUAUCUCCCCUGCGGACAUGAAGGCGGAAGUGUUUACCGCCCGUGCUCCCUCACGCUCCCAGAGCUUUAGAGACCCCCCUAUGAAAGGUAGAACAGUUCACCUUCUUUUUUGGUACUAUGAAUAAUGGAACCUGAGGCAACAUGAUUUGACCCUGUUGUUUUUUUCUCUUUCCACCUCUCUAUCGUUAUAUCUGUUCCUCACUCUUUCUCACUCUUUCUCUCUCUGUCCUUCUCUCUACUGUUCUAUCCCACUCUCUCUCUGUCUGUCUCCCUCUCGCUCUCGCUCUGUCUGUCGCUCUCUCUCUCUCUCUCUCUCUGUCUGUCGCUCUCUCUCUCUCAGAGUCUCUACUGAGAGGUAUAGAGAGACAACGUCCAGGCUCUCUGUCUUCAGCGAUGGGACCCCAGAGCCACGCCCCCUCCUUUCCUGCACUCCCUCGACCCUCAGGUAAAGACCACACCCUCUACCUACAUAUCUCUCAUUUUCUCUCUCUCUAAUUUUACCUCCUUAGCCAGUAGCACUUUCAAUAAGAACUUCACUUUAGGUACUUCCUGUACUCUUCUGCUAUUACUUCUGAUUAGUCAAUUUCUCCCUUCAGUCCCCGAUCGGAGGAGAGAGAGAGAGAGAGAGAGAGAGAGAGAGAGAGAGAGAGAGAGAGAGAGAGAGAGAGAGAGAGAGAGAGAGAGAUUUUUAGAGAGUGGACAAUGCUCCUUUCAACAGGGGCCCAAUGGUAUUUCACAGCUCAGAAGUAUGCUAUGAUUCUGUCUAGGAACACAUUCAACUCCUGCUGGCUGCUAAUACAUGUAGCAUGCUAAACGUUUGUGCAGCCCAUGCAUGUUUUUCCUGACCAUGUGACUUGACCAGGCAAUAGCCUCACCAGACCAAGAUGGCAAAUAUAGCCUCAAUAAUCCAUUGAGGCUAUUGCCUGGUCAAGUCACAUGGUCAGGAAAAACAUGCAUGGGCUGCGUCUGAAAUAGCACCCUAUUACCUAUGUAUUGCACUACUUUGCGGGCCUUGGUCAAAUGCAGUGCACUAUAUAGGGAAUAGGGUGCCAUCUCGGACACACCCCCAGCCUUCCUUAUCUCGGCCAUCUUUGUUUGGUCUUCUCAGGUCGUAUAGUGUCCUCCUCGGGGGGCUUAGCCCCCUUCAGGGCCUUCCCUAAGUCUCUGAGUGUGGAUUUUGGAGGGCUCAGCCAGCAGCACAGUCACAGUGCCCUCAGCAUCACCCCCCCAGCCCCAGCCCCCGGCCCAAACACACACACAAACCACCAAGACCGCUACGCUGCCCUGUCCCAACUAAACAGUGUCUUCUCUGACAUGUCGCCUGGACCAGGACCUACAGGUAAGGGUAGAAGGAGUGUGUGGGGGGUGGGAGAGGGUGGGUGUGUGUGUACACAUUUUACUAUACUUGUGAGUACCAGAAGUCCUCACAAGAAUAGUACACCAACAAACAUUUGGAGAAGUGAGGACAUUUUGCCGGUCCUCACUAAACAAAAAAGUAUAUUUUAGGCUUAGGGUUAGGUUUAGGGGUUAGGAGUUAGGGUUGGGUUUAGGGGUUAGGGAAAAUAGGAUUUUGAAUUGGAAUCAAUUGUUGGUCCCCAAAAAGUCCUCACAAGUAUAGUAAGACAUAGCUUUGUGUGAGUGUGUGUGUGUGUGAGAGAGAGAGAGGUUAUUGUCAGCUACAAUGCAUAAUGCCCUUACUCUAAAUGCCAAGGUUUUACCAAGUGAAUUAUCCCCAUUGUGUUUUCUGCUCUCAAUACUACACCGUUGGGUUGUUACAGAACAACCGAGGAAAUAUGUUCCAGUUUUGAUUUAGCAAUGCUACUAACUGCUAACUUAACUAAUGAUAACAUAAAUGUGCUGGAACAAUGCCUUAGGCAUGUUUGAACAUAUAGCAUUGUUUUAGUCCCAUGAUUCAAUACUUACUAUCUCUCACCCAGGCAAUCAUAUACUGUAGGUUGAUUUAUGUGUAGUUUCUUUUGAUUCAUAUAGCCUUGAACUAUAAGCAUGUUUUUUACCCUGAGCACAGUCAAUACAGUUACACCUUGACCAAUCACACACUGAGAGUGGAAAAUGUGCACCCUAUGUCAAAUCAAAUCAAAUCAAUUACACUUGAUCUCUCAAAUCAGCCCCCAGCUGAGCCCUCUGCUUAUAGACGGGUUGGCUGACAACGUUACGAAAAUUAUGCACAUGCAUUGAUGAGGCAGAAGGCCGUAUGGUGUUAUGAUUCUGAGCGGUCUGAUAGCUAGCAACAAUGACAAGAAGCAUCCAUGUGGGGAAUCAUAGGUGGCUUGUUUCAGCUCGUUGUAGCUUUUUAUUGAUACCAUGUCUUGUUUUGAGGUGUUUUGACUCAUGUCAUGUCUUUGCUAAUAUGGCGAAAAAUUCAAAAGGCACUCGCACAUCUGAGCUAUCUUUGUUGCAGGUGCAUUGUAACAGUUGAAUAAUCACUGCUCUUUAAUAAGCUUUACGUAUCGGCCUCAAGGCCUUCGUCAGAGCUUCCUUUCUAUGCUAAUAUGGCAAAAAUUCGCUAGCCAGUUAACCAACAACUGUAAUGAUGUAGUUGAGGGACAACAAGUGCUCAUUGUGCAAAUGUAUUUAUGUUUUCAAUAAACAUUUGGAGACAAAAUAUAGUUUACAUGUUGUCAACAAUCUAAGCCAACCCUGUCUGUUUUGCCCCAUAGUUGCGCACGUGUCGGUUUUGUUUAGCCUAAACAACCAACCCGUCUAUGGUAUGUCUAUUUAUUUGAAUGUGUGUUUUCAGCACCCCCCGGUGGACUACCCCAGUAUAGCACCCUAUUUGGGAACCGCCUGUCCUCCAGUUCCACUCCUGCCAGGUAAUGAAUGCAAUGUCAAGCAAAUACACUUAACAUUCCUAUUUAAUGCAUCGAAGAAGUGUCGACUGUGUUAAAGUGCACCAGUCCCGGUACAAAUACAUUGUUUUAAUUGCUCAGGAUAUCUGCAUGCCCUUGGUUUACUAAUUCAUGACAGUCUCACACCAUAGCUGGAGGCAACUGCCAAUAUUAAAUUGACUUGUUUUUGUUAAUGUUCAUGAAUGUAAUAAUAUAUAGUUGGUCCUUCCUUCCUCUCUUCUUUUCCUUCUUUCUUCAGCUCUCCAGGUGUGGAUGCCGUGUCGGGAUCCCAAACAUUUGCAAGUAGGCAGUGUUACAAAAAUAUUAAUCAAUCAUGCAGGUGUAUAUAUUUCAUUAAAGACUUUGAAAGGCUUGAACAUAUCCAUUAACUAUUGUCUCUAUCUCUGUCUCUGUCGCUCUCGCUCUCCUUGUCUCGCUCUCUUCCUCUUUCUCUCUGUCUCCUACCUCCAUGUCUCAGACUUCCCCAACCCGUUCAGCUGCAGUUCCAGCUCUCAGCAGCAGCAGCCUGCCCUAUCCCCCAGUAACCCCUUCAACAGCUCCACCUCAGGAGGUAAGCUGCCAGCAGAGCACUGCUUAUUCAGCCUGGGGGAAAGGUCAAGAAUGUCCAGUAACACUUUACAUGAAGGUACCCCUUAAGGGGUAAACUGUAUAUAAGUAGUUUAUAGACAGUCUUCAUUAGUUAAUAGUGUAUGUACAGUACCAGUCAAAAGUUUGGACACACCUACUCAUUCAAGGGGUUUUUCUUCUACAUUGUAGAAUAAUAGGGAAGACAUCAACACUAUUAAAUAACACAUAUGAAGUCAUGUAGUAACCAAAAAAGUGAUAAACAAAUCAUAAUAUAUGUUAUAUUUGAGAUUCUUCAAAUAGCCACCCUUUGCCUUGAUGACAGCUUUGCACACUCUUGGCAUUCUCUCAACCAGCUUCACCUGGAAUGCUUUUCCAACAGUCUUGAAGGUGUUCCCACAUAUGCUGAGCACUUGUUGGCUGCCGUCCGACUCAUCCCAAACCAUCUCAAUUGGGUUGAGGUCGGGGGAUUGUGGAGGCCAGGUCAUCUGAUGCAGCACUCCAUCACUCUCCUUCUUGGUAAAAUAGUCCUUACACAGCCUGGAGGUGUGUUGGGUCAUUGCUCCUGAGUGGAGCAGUGGUCUAAGGCACUGCAUCGCAGUGCUAACUGUGCCACUAGAGAUCCUGGUUCGAAUCCAGGCUCUGUCGCAGCCGGCCGCGACCGGGAGACUCAUGGGCGACGCACAAUUGGCCCAGGGUAGGGGAGGGAAUGGCCGGCAGGGAUGUAUCUUUGUUGAUAGAGCAUGGCGUUUGCAACGCCAGGGUUGUGGGUUCGAUUCCCAUGGGGGGCCAGUAUAUAAAAAAAAAAAUGGUAUUCACUAACUGUAAGUCGCUCUGGAUAAGAGCGUCUGCUAAAUGACAAAAAUGUAAAUGUAAUUGUCCUGUUGAAAAACGAAUGAUAGUCCCACUAAGCCCAAACCAGAUGGGAAGAUGUAUUGAUGCAGAAUGCUGUGGUAGCCAUGCUGGUUAAGUGUGCCUUGAAUUUUAAAUAAAUCACAGACAGUGUCACCAGCAAAGCACCCCCACACCAUAACACCUCUUCCUCCAUGCUUUACGGUGGAACUACACAUGCGGAGAUCAUCCGUUCACCCACACCGCGUCUCACAAAACACGGCGGUUGGAACCAGAAAUCUCAAAUUUGGACUCCAGACCAAAGGACACAUUUCCACCGGUCUAAUGUCCAUUGCACAUGUUUCUUGGCCCAAGCAUAUCUCUUCUUCUUAUUGGUGUCCUUUAGUAGUGGUUUCUUUGCUGCAAUUCAACCAUGAAGGCCUGAUUCACAUAGUCCCCUCUGAACAUGAACAGUUGAUGUUGAGAUGUGUCUGUGACUUGAACUCUGUGAAUCAUUUAUUUGGGCUGCAAUUUCUGAGGCGGGUAACUCUAAUGAACAUAUCCUCUGCAGCAGAGGUAACUCUGGGUCUUCCAUUCCUGUGGUGGUCCUCAUGAGAGCCAGUUUCAUCAUAGUGCUUGAUGGUUUUUGCGACUGCACUUGGAAGAAACGUUCAAAGUUCUUGAAAUGUUCCAUAUUGACUGACCUUCAUGUCUUAAAGUAAUGAUGGACUGUCAUUUCUCUUUGCUUAUUUGAGCUGUUCUUGCCAAAAUAUGGACUUGGUCUUUUACCAAAUAGGGCUAUCUUCUGUAUACCACCCCUACCUUGUCACAACACAACUGAUUGGCUCAAACGCAUUAAGAAGGAAAUAAAUUCCACAAAUUAACUUUUAAGAAGGCACACCUGUUAAUUGAAAUGCAUUCCAGGUGACUACCUCAUGAAGCUGUUUGAGAGAAUGCCAAGAGUGUGCAAAGCUGUCAUCAAGGCAAAGGGUGGCUAUUUGAAGAAUCUCAAAUAUAAAAUAUAUUUUGAUUUGUUUAACACUUUUUGGGUUACUACAUGUUUCCAUAUGUGUUAUUUCAUAGUUUCGAUGUCUUCACUAUUAUUAUACAAUGUAAAAAAUAAUAAAAAUAAAGAAAAACCCUUGAAUGAGUAGGUGUGUCCAAACUUUUGACUGGUAGUGUAGUUUAGAAAUCAUUAACAAACAGUUAUAAUGGAGAAUUGGGGCCCAUGGAUUCUUGGUUUAUUGGAGGACACAAGAUAAUUCAAUUUACUGUGUGUGACUUAACACCCUUAUGUUGUGUUUCCCUAUGCAGGUGACUCCAGUGGGUUCGUCAGCUCUCCAACCUCAGUGUUCCUCCCGUCCACCACCUUCCCAACUCCCGCUAACCAGAAUGCAUUUCCACACAAGCAUGCCAACAACCAGGAAGCCAACGGCAAGUAGAAGUGGACUAUAAUUCUAUUCUCAUUCUAAUUGUCAUGCAAUUCUAUUCUCGUCAAAAUAAUUUGGAGAAUUGUCUCCAACCGCACAGGACAAGAGCACGCAAAAAUAGCAUUUUCCAUUUUGUGUUCUAUAUAUACAAAUUACAGUACAUGCUUUGCCAAGAAACACAACAGUUAGUCACUGGAGUGCUGCAUGGAUGUGUUCUUUGGCUGGGCUGCAGCAGCAUGCCAUGUCAUCUGUUAUGUAUGGGAUUUGGCCUGUGAUCAAAAUGAACUCCGCCUCCUCAAACCCUAAGGAGGCGCCAACAUCACAGCUAAUGAUGAUCACAGCAUAUUUUCCCAUGCUUACAUAAUACCAACUCAGCCCCCAAAUAUAGAGUUAGAACCCAUGAAAUUUGAAUGAGUGAAAUUUCUAUGGUCUGAGGGGCGUUGUCUAUUCUAGUAAUUAUAUUUCUAGGUUAGAACCCCCUUUCAUGUUGGAUGCUGGAUGUUGUCAAUGUGUUUGAAUGUGGUUCUAUGUUUGUCAGACUAGUAUUGGAUGUAUUAAUAUUUGGUCCUAAUGUAUCUCUGAUUUUGGGGUGUUGUUGGAUUUGUAGGUUUUGCCUCUUUCCCUGCACCGGACUCUCAACCCAAAGUUCCUCGUCCAAUGUCAGUGAACCCAUUCACUGUGAGUACCAUACCACACUAUAGCAACACUACCAUGAGCAUUGAGUGUACUUCAAUAGAUUUGCACAGAGUUUGUUGGGGAUUUGGACCGCUAGCUGCUUAAUUGUUAUGCUAAUGCUUAAUUCAAAAGUUAUUGGAGGGCAUUUUUGGUGCAGUAGAUGUACAGCAGGAACUCUCCCUCACCCUCUCUCUUUCCAUCUCUCCCUCAACCACUCCCUCCCAUGUCUCUUUCCAUCUCUCCCUCCCUCCCUCUCUCUCUCUCUCUCUCUCUCUUUCCAUCUCUCCCUCCCUCUCUCAGGGGAAUGUUUACCCGGGUAGAGGAACGUCGCGAAACCCUUUCAUCUGAUACCGGCGCCCCCGGCUACCCCCCGAUUACCCACCCCACCCCUGGGCACAUGAAGACCAGUGAACUAUUUCCAUGCCUCUAGAGUAUUUUGACCUUCAGAGAGAGAGGGGAAACGUUCAUGCAGGCUCCUCUCCCCUCUAUGUGUGUGUGUGUGUGUGGAGUCUCUGUACAGUAAUGUUAAUCCGUUAAAAUAAUGUGUACAAGUGCGUGUCUGUGUGUGUUUUGAGUGUGUGUGUGUGUCUGUGAGUGACCAUAUAUCAAAGGUGUUUGUGUGACAUUAAAAUCCACCUCAGGGCUCUGUGGGUGUCAUCACCAAGACACACACACACACACUUCGCUGUUUCUCCCAUGUCCCGCGUCUGUGCAAAAAUAGUCCCAUUCGUAAAACAGUACACCAAAUCAUCACAUUCUGCUUGCUUUUUGGAGACACCUCUGAAAACUGCCUUCAAAAACUCCCCAAAACUAGCCAGUCCAGUCAGUCG